AAAAAAAAGUUGAAAAUGAAGACGUUGCAUUGACAAAGCAAAUUCAAUUUUGCUUAGCCAUUAAGAAGCUUUUUACAACUUUAGUAAAGAAGAGACGGUUAUAUAAAGAAGAUGUCUGUCAUAACUUACUCUCCCCCCUCCCCUCUUUUCCCACCAAUUCUCUUCUUCUUGUGUGUUCGCAUACCAAAAAAAAAAAAUGAAUGGUCACACAGCCAAAAACAUGGGUAUGAAGAGAAGUGCUUCUGAGUUGGCUCUACAAGAGUAUCUCACUAAGGUCUUGUCUUCUUCUGCUUUAUCCAGACAAGAAUCUAUUCUUGACACAAGCCCUCUAGACCCUUCUUUCGAUCUCAUCAACCGGGAUUACACCAGUGAAUUAAGAGAUAGUCUUUUGUGGUCUGAGGGAUUGAUUCCGACUGGACGUUUUCGCGAUGCACAGUCCUCAAUCUGCGAGAAUCUGUCAGCUGAUAGUCCAGUGUCAGCCAAUAAACCUGAGGCAAGAGGAGGAGCUCGGAGAACCACGAGUGCAUCUUCUCAUGAUCACUCUGAUGAAGAAGAUGCAGAGACAGAAGCUGGUCAAUCUGAAAUGACAAAUGAUCCUAAUGAUCUAAAACGUAUUAGAAGGAUGUAUUCAAACAGGGAAUCAGCAAGGCGGUCGAGGAGAAGGAAGCAAGAGUACUUGGUAGAUCUUGAAUCUCAGGUUGAUUCUUUGAAAGGAGAAAACUCGACACUGUACAAGCAGCUCAUAGACGCAACACAACAGUUUCGUAGCGCUGGAACAAAUAACAGAGUUCUCAAAUCAGAUGUUGAAACUCUGAGAGUCAAGGUGAAACUAGCAGAAGAUUUGGUAGCUAGAGGUUCCCUCACGAGCAGCUUGAAUCAACUUCUACAAACUCNCGAUCUCUAG